CGCUGCCGCUUGUCAGGCUCCGGAGCGGUGCCAAUUGAGCGAUGGCGGCCAGUGCAGGACGGUCUCGGCUGCUGCUACUCUCCCGGAGCAGUGGGGGGCUGGCAGGCGGCUUCCCCGGGCUGGGUGGUGCCAGACAUCGGCCGCACCGGACGGUGCACCAGAGGCUUCCAGUGUGGCACAGCCACAGAGUGGUAUUCUGUAGUACAGCAGCGCCCUCUGAUGAAGUGACUGUGGUUUACCAAAACGGGUUACCUGUGAUUUCUGUUAACCUUCCAUCACGACGAGAAAGGUGUCGAUUCACUCUCAAGCCCAUCUCUGAUUCCGUGGGAGUUUUUCUUCAACAACUCCAGUCAGAGGACCGAGGAAUAGACAGGGUUGCAAUAUAUUCCACAGAUGGGUCCCGUGUGGCCGCCUCUACAGGGAUAGAAAUUCUGCUCUUAGAUGACUUCAAACUCUCUAUAAAUGACAACAUUUACCAUGUGUCUCCACCAAGAAGAGAACUUUUAAGCCAUGAAGAUGCCACGACAAUGAAUGAUCUGAAAACCCUCGUGCAGCAGUUGUACAGCGCUCUGCGUGUAGAGGAGCACCAGCUGACCAAAGAACGGGAGCUGAACGGGCAACUAGAAGAUCUCAGAGGACAACUGGAACCUCUGGAGAAGAUUCGGGAUGAAAUUGGGAGACGAUCAGAGAAGAGGACGACCUUGGUAUUAUGGGGUGGCCUGGCGUACAUGGCUACGCAGUUUGGGAUCCUCGCUCGCUUAACAUGGUGGGAGUACUCCUGGGAUAUCAUGGAGCCUGUCACAUAUUUUAUCACCUACGGCAGUGCCAUGGCGAUGUACGCCUAUUUUGUACUAACCCGACAGGAAUAUGUGUAUCCAGAUGCGAGAGAUAGACAGUACUUACACUUUUUCCAUAAAGGAGCCAAAAAGACACGUUUUGACUUAGAGGAAUACAACCGACUCAAGAAUGCAAUUGCUCAGGCCGAGUUGGACCUUAAACGACUGCGCGAUCCACUGCAGGUGCAUCUCCCCGUUCAACAAAUUGAUCAUAAAGAUUGAUCACUGUAAAACUCUAAAGAAACCCGGCAAAACCUGUGGAUAUUGUUGCCUUUGAAGGAAAAGCAUUACAGGUGGCAGCUGGGCAGUGGUGUAGGGAAGGGAUUGUUCUCUUUACUUUUUUUUUUUUUUUUUUUUAUCUUUUAGCCAAAAUUUAAAAAGAGGAAUAUAAGAUGGAAUGUAAUAUGAGCAUGGGGCCUUCACAUUGUUUAACGCCCUAUUAAAGGGCUUGGGGAAAUUGUCUAACAAACCAUUUCUAUAUUUUUAUUUGUUUGUGGAUGACAUUGCAACACAAUAUAUAAAUGGCUGAGGGUCUAAUGACAGAGUUCUUUAUUUUAUUACUAUUAGUUUUAUUGUGAUCCUUAUUACCUAUUUUAUGGUGGGUGUGGAGCGUGGCGUGUGCCUACAGACACAUUAGUAUUCUGAUCUGCAGAGCCGGUGGGGGGCACACGAAGCAGAGCGCACAAUGGCACCACUGGAAGCUCUUCGGACCACCCGUAACCUGAGCAUCUGCUUGUGGGGGUAGCUGUUGAAAUGACAUUGAGGCAGGUCAUGCCUUCCUGUUCUGAUGAAUUCCAGGUUCAUGCACUUGAAUUUUACAUAUUUAAAUGCAGCACUGUUUAGAUUAAUCCCAGGCCCCAAACACAGCGAAAAAAUCAAACCUUUCUGCUAUGCAUUUUAUGAAACCGCACGUGAUUUUCCUGUAAUCACUAUCUAAAUAUCCCCCUUUUCCCUUUCUAUUGCCCUGGCUAUAUAUCCCAGGGGUGCAAUGCAUGAUAGGAUUUAUGUAUGUUCUUUUUGGGAAGACUUUGCUUUCCUUUUGGGCACAUGUGGUACGUGGCUCCGUUGGGUAGUAAAUAAAGGUUGCAUGGAUGUAUGAGGGUCACCCCUAAACCUGAACUGAUAACUGUAUUGGACUGUAUAAGCAUUUUGCUAUUUGGUCUCGUCUCCCAUAAGAUACUUAGCCAGCGAAAAUCUUGUGGGCUUUUGCAGACUUCCAGCCUUGUUCACAUUCUAGGUACUAAUCAACGAUGGUUUGGAAGUAGGCAAGAAAUCAGAUCACCUAUCUUUUUCCAAAGAUUUCAGGGGAUUAUAUUUUUUAUUUUGGAAUAAGCUGCUCUUCCACAGACUUUAAAUAUCAAAAUGGUGCAGUCGCUCGCUCUCUCCAAUGGAAAAUACAUUAGAACUUUAGGGUAUUUUUGCAUGAAGGGGAUAGAGGGAAGUUGAGGCUAAGCGAUAACUUUCAAAGAGACUUUUUUUUUAAAAACACUCCCCACUGUGAAAGGCUCCUACUUCAGGUAAAAGACUGCAGAACUACAGAAGUGAAGCCAGAUGAUGGUGCCUUGCAAAAACUCAAAUCCAUAAUGGAGAAGUUUGUGUUUCUCUUUGUACUUAUGGCGUCCUGGCAGUCAGCGGCGAACCACAAGCCAGCCUGGCUAGACCACCUGGAACAUGACCGACACAUGCUGCCGACGCUCGCAAUCUGCGUCUCUCCUUGCUGGUGGAAUGAAUGUUUUGCCCAAACCUCUACUUGUUAACCAAUUCCGUCCUUUUUUUUUUUCUUUCUUUCUGCCUUUCUUUUUAAAAUGUAAUCAACACAAAACCACCUUAGAUUUACAGCAGUUAUCAAAUGAAGAAGUGAAUGAUCACUUGAGCGCGUGUCACUGCCAUUACCUCUGUUUGUCAUCUGUGUCCGUUCUCAAUAGAUCUGUGAUCACGGGUUGGGCCUGAAUACACCAGGAAUAUCUGUUAUGGAGAACAUCAAUAGACAAUCAGCUCCUUUCAGAUUUCCCAAUGAAAUUUAGGUGGAAAACCCUGACAAUGAAGUUUUCUUUUUAAGGGAAUAGUGUCCCAAACAAAUGUAUUUUGUCAUUUUAAAAUCAUUGCCCUUAAGUAGCAUCUUUACUCUGUGCUUGUAUCACUCUCGUCAGAUAUGACUAACACUAACACAACAAGCAUUUCUUUUUACAUUUGCACUGUUUUUCUAAUGGAUUUGGGAGCCGUUCAUGUUCCUGAUUCCUUUUGGGUUUGUCUGACUUGUACAAAGGCUUUUGAAUAAGACAAUGAGAUCAGCGCACUUGUCUCCUACGGUUAGCGUAAGUGCGCAGAGAGGUUUGGAGCAUGGAGGAAUGUCCGAUCAAUAAGCAAAAUAUUACAGAUGUGUAAAAUCCUGUAUCAUUUAUGAAAUAUGUAUAAAGAAAAAUGUAAUUCUGCAACAAUAAACACUUAUCAGUUUUUUUCAAAUAA